CAGUGUUUGAACGAACUAAAAUUAAAAACAACCAUGAGUGGGAAUUCCAGUAAUAAUAGCCGAUAUCAAAAUCAAGGAAACGACGUUACUGAAGACAAUCCCCUUCACAUGACAUGGCAUGACAGUGCUUGGAUUCCAUUGUUGGAUCCGUCCAACGUGAUGAACUAUUUCAGUGAACGCAGCAAUCCUUUCUAUGAUCGCAAAUGUAAUAAUGAGAUAGUGAAAAUGCAGCGUCAAAACCCAGAACAACUUAUCAACAUGAUCGGUCUUGAGUAUCAACUUCUUCAUGUACAUGACCCAAUCUUAUAUGUUAUACGUAAACAGCAUCGGUUUUCCCCGACUAAUGUCACGCCUCUGGCUGAUUAUUACAUCAUAGCAGGAGUUAUUUACCAAGCACCAGACCUUUGCUCAGUCCUCAAUGCUAGAAUGUUGACAGCGGCUUUCAACAUUCAGUCUGCAUUUGAGGAGACACUUUCUUUUUCUCGUUAUAAAUCAUCAUGUGGUUACUGGUGGGAGUUUAAAGACAAGGCAAAGCAAGAGAAAGAAAAGAAGAAACCAAAGAAGGAAGAGCCAGCCUCGAUGUUUCAACGGCAAAAGGUUGAUGUAUUGCUCAGCAAACUAGCGGACAGAUUCCCACCCAAAGUAGUACAGCCUAAACCAGGUGAAAAACCUAUUGUGAUGGAACACAAACAUACACCAGAGUUUAUUGAUACCAGCAAUAUCAAAGAAGAGAAGGGGGAAAAUCAUUCGGGAUCUGGCAGUGGUGAUGGGUUUGUAUCCCCAGGCUCAAACAUCAAACCCCCAUUGGCCAAGAAACGUAAGCUCAGUAAAUGAACACUAGAACUACAGUAUAUUCUGCAGUGUUUGUAUGACAUAAAUUCCUUGAGAAUGGUGAGAGGUGCCCUUCUGUUACUCUUACGUUGAUGGUGAUUGCAAUCAACAAACAAUUAUUAUAGAUGAUGUUAGCACAGAAGUCAGGUCAGAAAAGCAUAUCCUGGAUGGAUGACCGUGGUUUAUGCCACUUUUGCUGCUCCUCGGCAAUGUACUGGAUUUUGAUUUUAUUUAUUUUAGGAAAAGGAAUUACUGAUAUGUCUAUAAAUAUACUAUAUGUACAUGUAUCUAUCUUAGCUCCAACUUGCCAAUAUUUAAUGCACAGAUAGAAGCUGUUGGCACAUCGGUCGUGGCUUGGACUCCCAACCUUAAGUUUUGGGGUUCGAAACUCUCGC